AUGCCGCCCAAUUCUUCUUUCGACGGCGACCUUUCGGAGCUUGUCGAUGCGCUGCUCAAGCACGCGACGGGGUGCCAGUUCGUGCAAUACGGCGAGAAGAUCAAGGAGUCCAUCGACCGCGAGAAGAUCGAAGCACACAAAGACUUGUUGAACGACCUGGGCGAGUUGCAGAAUAACUUGCAGUUUUCGCAACGCUUCAUGCAGGAGGCAUUGGUCAAGGUGUUCGAGCUGAAGAACCAGUCGUGGGACCCGAAGCUGCAGGACGAGCACAAGGAGGAGUGGGCGAUGACAGUUUCGAAGCGCAUCCGCGCGAUGGCAUCGCACUUCCAAGCAUCGGUUCGCAAGCGGAGCCAGUGGGCGAUGGACCUGGUCGCGAACAGCAAGGGUGGCGACGACGGCGGUGGUGCGUCGCAGGGCGACGACAGCUGCCUCCUCGUCGGUGCUGCGACGGAAGACCAGCCCGAAGGAGAUGACGGUGAAGACCAGGACAGCGAUUCCGUUCAGGAGACCCGCCUGCCCUACGUGGAGAAGCAGGGCGAGAGCUCGAAGAAGCGCGUCAAGGUCUGGGGCGAGUGGAUCGUUCCUGAACCAGGCGACGCAAUUGCCAAGGCCACCUUCAAGCACGACUCGUCCGUCAGGGUUUGCGAGCGCGUCGCGCCAGAGGAGCUGAAGGAGAUCCUGGCCAAGUCGACGAAGAAGACUGGUGUCCUGCACGCGGCCUACUGCAAGGACCAGUCCAGCUACGAAGUGAUGAAGACCGAGAUCACCGCCAAGAAGAAGGACGACGAGGCAGAGGAGCCACCAAAGAAGCUGGUGUUCCUCGUAUUCCAUUGCACGUGGGAGGACGAGAAGAAGAAGCGCAAACAGAAGCUCCAGGUCCUCGCCCACAACUUCAUCAAGCCAGGGUUCGACAUCGAUGCUGCGAAGAAGGCUGCUCAGGAUGUCGCCAUGCAGUGCGCCGAAGCCUUGGCAGGCGGAAUGGGCGCCGACAAUGCCAAGAAGCUUCGCGACUUGCGCACUGAGGAGUGCGUGAACUCGCUGAGUGGAACAGCCACGCCGAAGAAGAAGACGCCUGCGGUGCAGACUACGCCCAGAAAGCCCGGGAAUACAGAGGUGCACGUGUCUCAUUCUGCUCCAGACGUUAGGGCCCCAGGCGGGGCGAGCAAGGCCCAGCCGUUUCCUGUUUCUGCGCAAUCUUCUCGCCCGCCUGUCAAAGAACCCGAGCCUGCGAGCCUGCCCAUGUGGCCUGAGGAGGCCAUCGAUUUGGAGUUCGAUCUCGACUCCACGAGGUAA